GACUCAUCAGCUAUUGGCUCAGAUAUUUAUAAAUUAAGAGAGGGUUUUUCGAGCAAUCGCCAACCAGUCUACAAGGGAAGUAAUGGUUUAUAUCUGUUCUCCAUGUGCCUCAUUGGGCAGCAAUAUUGGUACAUCAGCGACACUUUUCCCCCUGAUCCCGAUGCGUACCACGUAAGGACGGAAACAAUUGAAAAUCUUCCUGUGGAUAUAGUGACAUCAUGGUCAACUCCCGUUGGUUCUAUUGUCGAAGUUGAUAUACAGCCUUAUUUGUAUGAAACAAAACCAUGCGAUACUAUAUUCGUGUCUGGACUGAGUAAUCUUGAAUUCCUUGGAUUAUUUGACUUUUCAAACCAGUUUUCAAACGGGAGACCUGUCUACAGGCAUGAAUAUAACAACGGAUACAUAUACCACAAAUCCGAUCACUGGUAUAUCGGGGAGAAUAUCGAUUCUGUGUCUGGCAUCUUUAGCGUUGCCUCUUUGGCUGGUACACCAUAUGACAUUACAGAGACUUGGGAUGGCAUGGUCAACAUUGAAAUAACAUGUCAAGAAGCAACAGCGACAUGUACUAGUAUUAGCCUAACUGGUGUACGAAAGUCGACUAUUGAUACUAAAUAUGCCGGUCUGUAUGAAGCAAUUGGCACUAUCAAUAAUCGUGGUUCCUACAAGCAUAAAACAAAGGACUUCUACGUUUACUAUGUUCCUAUUGAACACUGGAUCUUGGCC